AUGUCUUCGUCCGCGACAAUUAGUUCUUGGUCCUCUGUAAUUGAUGAUCAAAGUGACGGAUUUGAAGCAGAAGAUGAUUUUGAAACAGAAGAGCUGAGACUCGCUAGUGGAAAUAGAGAUGCAAUUCUUUUUGUCAUUGAUUGUUCAUUAUCAAUGAUGAAAGAGGAUGAAAAUGGCGACGUUCCAUUUCGUUCGGCAACCCAGUGUGCAUCCGCAGUAAUGAUGAAUAAAAUUAUUAGCGCAAAUGAUAAUGAUUUUUUGGGCGUGAUGUUUAUUGGAACGGAAAAAUCUAAGAAUCCACUUGAAAAAGAUCACAUCUACGUCCUUCAAAACAUGGAUCUGUCAGACAUUCAUCGAGUCAUGGAAUUGAAUGAAAUAGCGGAUGAUGAACAAUUUGAUUUUGCACACGAAUAUGGAAUUACUGAAAAGGAGUAUCCUCUUGGUGAUGUUUUCUGGGUUUGUAGCGAACUAUUUAAUUCGAUUGCAGCCUCAACAUUAAAGACAAAGAGAAUAUUCUUUAUCACUGAUCAAGAUAACCCUCAUUCCGCUAAUUCUAUCUUUCGUAAAGCAGCGAUUACACGUGCUAGGGAUUUGGUUGAGUCGAAAAUUGAAAUAAAUCUAUUUAGCAUUAGUGGAGCUGACUCAACUUUUGAUGUUAAUGCUUUCUAUACAGAAAUAAUUCCCACUGAUGAAGAAUAUGGCGAUUCACCUCAUAUCAACGCGUCGAAAAAUUUUAAUAGUUUACUGUCUCAAAUUUUGUCCAAAGAAUCCCCUAGGAGAUCUAUGUUUUCUGUUCCUUUUCGUUUAUUUGAGGGAGAAGGAAUGACUAUAGGCGUUAAGGGUUACAUCAUGAUCAGCGAGCAAAAGAAACCUGCAUACAAGUGGGUUCAUAUGAGAGGUGAGACCACACGUUUAACCGAAAGCAGGACAAAAUUGAUUUGUGCGGAUACCACACAAGAACUAUUGCCACAAGACAUUAAGUGUUGCUUUAUUUAUGGUGGAGAAAGGGUUGUUUUUACCAAAGACGAAAUGCAAAGAAUUAAGGAAAUUGGCGACAAAGGUAUAACCCUUCUUGGCUUCAAGCCGGCAUCCGCACUAAAAGUUCAUUAUAACAUGGGACCUCCGUAUUUUAUAUAUCCUGAUGAGGAACAAUAUGAAGGCAGUAGGAGAACAUUUGCAGCUUUGCAUAAAAAGAUGAUCGAAAUGGAAAAGGUUGCGAUAUGUGCUGCUAAUCUACGGGCCGGUAGUUUAAUAAAAUUUGUUGCUUUAAAACCUCAGCCUGAACUACUUGACGAUGAAGGACAACAAAUACAACCUCCCGGGUUUACUAUGUUUACACUACCCUUCGCUGAUGAUAUUAGGCCUCUUCCACCUCAUUCAUCUGUUACGCCAGGCAUUUAUUUUAUAGUUAUAUAUGUGACUUAUGCGAUAUUUCCCCCUGACAUACUGGUCGACGCUAUUAAACCAAUAAUUGAGAAACUUCAAAUUAGAGGAGGCUAUGAUCCGCAAAGAUUUAAAAAUCCUUCAUUAGCCAGAUUUUACAAUGUGUUAAUAGAUUUGGCUAUUAAUAGAGAUGUAGAAGAGGAAAUUACAGAUUCAACUUUGCCAAAAAAUUCGCUAAUUCAUCAGCGCGUUGGAGAAUUUAUUAAAUUGUUCAAUAUAGAAGCAAAUGAGCAAGCAAAGAGUUUACCUGAGAUCUAUACACCGUCACGUUCGUCACGAUCAUCAUCUAGCCGUGCUCCUAAGUCUCAAGGCUCACAUGUUGACAUGAUAACAUUAUAUGCUGAAAACAAGGUUAACAGGGCCACAGUGGUUCAAUUAAAAGAAUUUCUUAAUAGUGUUGGAAUCAAGCCGUCUGGUAAAAAAGAUGAUCUUGUUAAUCAAGUUAACAUAUAUUUUGAAUCUAAAUAA